AUGGGCAGCGAGGUGCAGGACUUCUACAAAAACAAAUACAUUUUCCUGACCGGUGGAACCGGAUUUCUUGGGGUCGCCAUUAUCGACAAAAUCCUACGCUCCUCGCCUGAGAUUGCUGGCAUAUACCUGUUGAUGCGCCCGAAGAAAGGCAAAUCCAUUGAAGAACGACUGCAGGAUCUGACGAAAAACUUGGUGUUCGAGAAAUUGCUUGAAACGCAAUCCACCGACAUUUUUAAGAAGCUCAUCCCGGUCUCUGGCGAUGUGGGCGAGAACUUUCUCGGACUCUCCCAGGAGGACCAGGCAAUGCUGGUGGAGAACACCAACGUCGUCAUCCAUUCGGCCGCCACGCUCGACUUCCAGGCGACGCUCCGGCCAACGGUGAACAUUAACCUGCUCGGCACGAAGCGUGUGCUGGAGCUGUGCUCGCGUAUGAGAAAUCUCAAGAGCAUGGUGCACGUGUCUAGUGCGUACGUGAACUCCUACUUGACGGAGGCUGAGGAGCGGUUGUACCCAUGCACGGAAAGCGCCCAGAAAGUGAUCGACUUGGUAGAAACGCUCAAUGAUUCGGCCCUAGACGAAUUGCUGCCCAAGCUUCUGAAGGACCAUCCAAAUGCGUACACCUUCACCAAACAGCUGGCGGAGCACGAGGUUAACAGCCACGCAGCACAGUUUCCUUGUGCCAUCAUCCGACCAAGCAUGAUCACCGGCGCCUGGAAGGAACCGACCCCUGGCUGGACCAUAUCCAAGAACGGCCCACAAGGAUUCCUGAUGGGUGCCUCGAAGGGCGUCAUUCGCCGUCUUCCGGUUGGUGUGGACCUGGUUUACGACUACAUUCCGGUCGAUGCUGUCGUCAACCAAACGCUCGUGCUUGGCUGGUAUAUGGGCACAAAUAGCUUCCGAGAGGUGAAAGUGUUCCACUGUACGUCCAGCACGUCGAACCCCUUCAAAUGGCGUUCGGUGAUCGAUCAGAUCGACGGAUGUCUCCACAAGUACCCACUGAAGUCGGCAAUUUGGUACCCGCGGCUGAAGUUUGUAACGAGCCUAUGGCUGUACAAGGUGGCUUCCAUCUUCGUACACAUUCUACCCGCCCUGGUGUUGGAUACCAUCCUGCGGCUCACCGGUGGACGCCCAAUGUUGAUGCGACUCCACACCAACGUUUGGGACUCACUAAACCGGCUCGAAAAGUUCAUUUUCACCGAGUGGAAGUACCACAAUCCGGGCACGCAACAGCUUGCCCAACUCCUGUCCUCCGCAGACAAGAACCUGUUCAACUUCAACAUCGUACAGCUGCAGUGGCCCGAGUACUUUGACCACCUCACGCAGGGCGUACGCCGAUAUCUCAACAACGAACAACCCAAAUCGCUCAAUGCGGCGCGGAAGAAGGACAAAAUACUAUUCGUAGUGGACAUGGUGUUUCAGGUGCUGAUAUUCUCUCUGCUCGGCUGGCUGCUGGCAACGCUACUCGGAUCGUCCGCCGGCACCUUCUGGCUGUACGGAGCCCUUAGCUAUAUCGUCUUCCUUUUGCUGUAG